UAGACAGACGUCAAUGUUAACUGCCACUCAUAUCAGGAAGAGAAAAAAUGGCUUCUACCGUGAACUCAAACAAAGAGGCAGGUUCUAUCGCAGAUGAUGGCGAGCUCAAGAGUAUGGACCCAGAUAAGAUUAAGAAAUACUUGUUCCGAAUUGCCAUGCAAAGCAAUUGGGAAGAAGUUGUUAGAACCUAUGAGCUCAACGAGAAGGCUCGUGGGGCAAGAAUCACCAAGUCAGGUGACACAGCACUACACAUAGCAGUAUCCGAUGGCCAAGAUGAACAUGUUGAAAAGCUAGUAAAACUGAUUACUGAAGAGGAGCUUAAAAUUAAAAACGAGCGAGGGAAUACCCCGCUCCACGUCGCAGCAUGGAUGGGAAACGAGACAAUGUGUUCGUGCAUUGCCAAAGAUCAUCCAUCAUUGGUCGGUGCUCUGAAUGUAGACAAUGAGACUCCUCUAUUCUUGGCUGCUGCCUAUGGUAAAAAAAAUGCCUUCUUACGCAUGCACUACAUCUGUAGCCCCAAUGGUCUCCCGAACUACAAUUAUUGUAGGAGAAAUGAUGGUGAUACCAUCUUGCAUUGUGCAAUUGCCGGGGACUACUUUGAUUUGGCAUUUCAGAUAAUUCACUUGUAUGAAGAUCUUGUUAAAUAUGUCAAUGAGGAAGGCUUUUCCCCUCUCCAUCUUCUGGCUACCAAGCCUUCUGCCUUCAAAAGCGGUAGCCACCUCAGCCGAUUCCAAAAUAUUAUUUACUACUGUAUUUAUGUUGAUGAGCUCAAGGCGGAGCGAUGGGAUCCACAUAAUGAGGGAAUAAUUAAGACAUUCAAAGAGGAAAAGAAUCCCAAAUAUCCAGAAAACUACCAUACAUGCAUCAACUUCAUUAGGUUGUUCGGGACACCAAUUCUCAGCGUUAUUCAAAACCAUGCCAAUCAGAGAAAAGAAACACAAUCAGCAGGUACAGGGAGUGUCCAUCAAGUACAGAAAGAAGAAACAAAAUCAGCAGAUCCAGAGAACCCUGCAGAACCUAAAAAGCAAACUCUCAACACUUCAAAUCCAGGGCCAAAAUCCAAUGUUGAUGAAGGUCAAAGACACCAAAAGUUUCCCGUAAACUACAACACCUGCUUUGAGUCUGUCAAGCUUUUAUCAAAGGCAAUGCUGAUUGUACUUGGCUUAGGGUCUACGCAGAUAAGAAAGAUAAGGGAUAAGAAAGAAAAACACAAAUGGUCUGUUCAGAUCAUGAACGAAUUGUUAAAACGAGCUAGAUCAUAUGAGUAUGAAGACAGUGGUAUGAAUCCGCAGGCCCACAAAGACAAUGAUGAGACCAAACCUUAUGAACUUGUUGACGGCCGCGCCAUCUUCAUGCUCCCCGAGGGCGACAGUGAACAAGGAACUGUGACUAGUAGCACUUCCCCAUUGCCUCAACAGGAGGCUGAGAAGCCAAAUAAUGGUAAAGAAAACAUCCCAGAAGGGUCAUCAACAGAUCAAAAGGCGGAGAAUAAAACCCCAAGCGCAAGAGGGGAAUCGCCAAUACUGAUUGCUGCAAAAAAUGGGGUGACUGAAAUGGUGGAGGAGAUCCUUGAACUUUUUCCGGUGGCAAUACACGAUAUGAACUUAGAGAAAAAGAACAUAGUGUUGUUGGCGGUGGAACACAGGCAACCCCAUGUGUACAGGCUCUUGCUGAAAAGAAAAAUCCUGAAAGAAAGUGUGUUCAGUAUGGUGGAUCAUGAUGGGAAUAGUGCAUUACAUCUAGCAGCAAAGUUGGGAGAGCAUAAGCCUUGGCUAAUUCCUGGAGCUGCGCUACAAAUGCAAUGGGAAAUCAGAUGGUAUGAGUUUGUAAAAACCUCCAUGCCGCUGCACUUCUUUGCCCGCCACAACAAGAAGGGCAGGACAGCAAAGGAAAUCUUCACCGAAACCCACACCACAAUCGUCAAGGACGGAGGGGAGUGGCUGACCAACACCUCCGAGUCCUGCUCCGUCGUGGCUGCCCUCAUUGCCACCGUUGCCUUCGCCACCUCAACCACCGUCCCCGGCGGCGUCGAUGAAAGAAGCGGAACACCAAACCUAGAAAAUCAGCCAGCUUUUGAAAUUUUCGCCAUUGCCUCCUUGGUCGCCCUCUGCUUUUCCGUCACGGCCAUGGUCAUGUUUCUAGCCAUUUUAACGUCCCGGUACCAAGAGAAGGACUUCGGUAAGGACUUGCCAAGAAAGCUUUUGAUAGGGCUGACGUCACUGUUCGUGUCUAUAGCUUCCGUGUUGGUUUCUUUUUGCGCCGGACAUUUUUUUGUGCUUAAAGAUAAGCUCAAAUACGCUACGUUUCCAGUUUACGCAAUCACUUGCUUGCCGGUAACUUUUUUUGCCAUGGCGCAGUUUCCACUGUACGUUGAUCUGAUUUGGGCUACUUUUAAGAAGGUACCACAACGGAGUUACAAGAUAGCUCCUCUUUAGUUUCAACAUCAAGAGCCCCUAUUUACAUGGGGAGGUAAACUUGAGUUGCAAAAAAAUGUAACUUUGAUUUAAAUUUGCAUGUUUUGCUUUGGUUGGCAAUCGGUUGGAACUUGUGCUUUUCAUACUUUGUUUUACAUUCGUCAUUCAAUUAAGUUUUUAAAUUUUAU